UGAUGUUAGAGAGAGAAGAGAGCAGAGCUUCACACACCUGCUGAGAACAUGAAGAUGAGUCGUGUGUUUCUGGUCCUGGGCUUCGUCCUGAUCAUGGCGCUCUACUCAGAUGCUAUGCCGCCUGAUCCUCUUGCUGUCUCGUGCUGUUUCACUUUCUUCUCUGGCAAAAUUCCUCCUCAAAAUAUCCAGCUGGUGAAAAAGACGGACUCACACUGUGCACAGCAAGGCUUCAUUGUUACGACGCCUAAGUUUCCCAGCCUGUGUGUUCGUGAAGACCCCUUUAAAAAAUAGUGAACUUUAAUUCUGCAGCAUUGAUUGGAAAAAAAUGCAAAUGUAAUAAACUUCAUGUAACUCUUCAUGCAAACUUUUAUGCAGUUCAGUCCAUAUUUUUUGUCCCAAUGUGAAGCUUCAAUUCAAUGUUCUUGAAUGCUAUGAAUAAAAAAAUAAUAAAAAAA